UUUUUUUUUUUUUUUUUUUACCGACACUUAGAGAACAAGAUGGCUGUCCUCAGCAGAGAAAAGUUCUUCACGUAAACACGGCGUUUUGGUGUUUUUGGACCCCGCAACUUUAAGCAGCCUGCCUCGCCACAGUCUGAGUCCUUUACUAUUACUAUUAUUAUUAAUAAUAAUUAUUCGUCGCUUUACUGGUUGCUGGAAACUACCAGGUAGAACUUUGUGUGACUUUUCCCCAAAGUUAUUUAUCUCUGAAGGUAAAUGUCUGAAACGUUUCAGUCGGUUUGAAACGUUUGUCAGAAAUAUUACCGUAUUUAAGAUUCGCAGAUGUACGUUUUAGACGUUUGAGAGGACGAUGAGUUCAUCCCGAGUCCGACCUCAGCAGCAGCUGCCGCCGCACAGAUCGGAUCCCAGUGACGGCAUCGAGAUGGAGAACAUCCAGCACCAAGAAGACGGAGGUGUCGGAGGGGCGACGGGCUCUCCGUCCCCUCCGUCCAGACAAGCCUGGAGUCGGGACAACCCGGGCUUUGAGCCCGAGGAGGAGAUUAUGAAAGUGGACUGGCCUCCAGCGAGUCCGGGGAGGAGGUCGGCGUCCACGGCCUCUAGCAGCAGCAGCUGCAGCAGCGGUCUGGGCAGCUACACCGGCGGGGCCGCCAGCGUCCACGUUCCCCGUGGGGGACUCUACCCGACUCCCACUGUGGACGGCCAACAGCAGAACAGCCGACAGCACCCCAGCUGCAUGAAGCAGAUCCUCCAGAAAAUCAGAUUUCUGUGGGGUACAGAGCUAAUGGAGGACAGCGACAGCAGUCGAGAAAGAUACCUCAGGAAUGUGCUGAGGGAGAUGAUCACCUAUAUCGCAUUCCUCAUCACUCUUUGUAUCUUGACCUAUGGGAUGGUGAGUUCUAAUAUGUACUACUACACCAAAGUCAUGUCUCAGCUUUUUCUUGACACGCCGCUGUCUGCUACGGACCCUUAUACUUUUAGAAGCCUAACAACUAUGGAAGAUUUCUGGAAGUUCACAGAGGGACCUUUCCUCAAUAACAUGUACUGGGAAGUGUGGUACAACAACAAGAGUCUGCCUGAGAAUCAUAGUCUCAUCUACUAUGAGAACCUUCUUCUUGGGGUUCCACGACUCCGCCAGGUCAAAGUCCGCAAUGAGACAUGCUCUGUUCAUGAGGAUCUGAGAGAUCAGGUUCAGGACUGCUACAACAUAUACACAGCAAGCAAUGAAGACACCAUGCACUUUGGACCCAAAAAUGGAACUGCAUGGGUGUAUACAACUGAGAGUAAGAUGAAUGGGAGUAGUUACUGGGGGCAGAUAUCUAAAUAUGGAGGUGGUGGAUACUACCAAGACCUGUCACGUACCAAAGAGGAGUCAGCAAUUCAACUGCAGUUUCUCAAAGACCACCUGUGGUUAGACAGAGGCACCAGAGCAGUCUUCCUUGAUUUUUCAAUCUACAACAGCAAUAUCAAUCUCUUCUGCAUUUCCAGAUUGUUGGCGGAGUUUCCUGCUACUGGUGGGGUCGUGACCUCAUGGCAGUUUCAAACAGUACGUCUGAUACGAUACGUGUCCAGCUGGGACUACUUUGUUGGUGUGUGUGAGGUGACAUUCUGCCUCUUCGUCUUCUACUACGUGGUGGAAGAAGUGCUGGAGAUUAGGAUCCAUCGCUUGCAUUACUUCAGGAGCCUGUGGAACUGUCUUGAUGUUCUUAUUGUUGCGUUAAGUGUCAUUGCUAUCAUCAUGAACAUAACCAGAACAGCUAUGGUGAGCAACCUUCUCAAGGGCCUAUUGGAGAACCACAAUGCUCACCCCAACUUUGAGAAGUUGGCUAACCUGCAGGUCCAGUUUAACAACGUGGCUGCAGUCAUUGUCUUUUUUUCCUGGGUUAAGCUUUUCAAGUUCCUCAACUUCAAUAAGACCAUGAGUCAGCUGUCCAGCACCAUGUCCCGUUGUGCCAAGGAUCUUGUGGGUUUUGCUAUUAUGUUCUUCAUCAUCUUUUUGGCUUAUGCUCAGCUGGCCUACUUGGUGUUUGGAACCCAAGUCAAUGAUUUCAGCACUUUCCAAGCCAGCAUUUUUACCCAGUUCCGAAUCAUUCUGGGAGACUUUGAAUUCUCUGAAAUUGAAGAGGCAAGCCCAGUACUUGGACCAAUCUACUUUACUACCUUUGUCGUUUUUAUUUUUUUCAUUCUUAUGAACAUGUUCUUGGCCAUCAUCAAUGACACAUAUUCUGAGGUGAAGGCAGAUAUGUCUCAGCAGAGAUCUGAGAUGGAGAUGACUGACCUCAUUAAGAAGGGCUGUAACAAAGCUUUAAUGAAGCUGAGACUGAAGAAGACGGCCGUAGAUGACAUUUCAGACAGUUUGCGUCAGGCUGGAGGAAAACUCAGCAUUGAUGAGCUUCGUCAGGAUUUGAAAGGAAAGGGCCACACAGAUGCAGAGAUUCAGGCCAUCUUCGCCAAGUAUGAUCAUGAUGGGGACCAGGAGCUAACAGAGCAUGAACACCAACAAAUGAGGGACGACUUAGAGAAAGAGAGAGACUUAGACCUGGAACGCAAUUCACUAACUCGACCCAUCAGCGGCCGGAGUUUCCCUCGUACCCAGGACGACUCAGAAGAAGACGACGACGAGGAUAGCGGCCACAGCUCUCGUCGCCGUGGCAGCAGUUCAGGGGGAGUCUCCUAUGAGGAGUUUCAAGUGCUGGUGAGACGUGUGGACAGGAUGGAACACUCUAUAGGCAGCAUCGUGUCCAAGAUCGAUGCUGUGAUUGUGAAGCUGGAAGCCAUGGAGCGGGCCAAACUUAAAAGAAGAGAUGUGCUGGGCAGGCUGCUGGACGGCGUCAUGGAGGAUGAGAGGCUCGGGCGAGAGACAGAUGCCCACAAGGAGCAGAUGGAGAGACUGGUGAGGGAGGAACUGGAGCGGUGGGAGUCCGACGAUAUGGCAUCGCAAGUCAGCCACGCACCGCCAACAGCAACUCCCGUUGGGCCUCGGCCCCGCCCUUCAUCUUCUUUGUCUACUGAUGACCUCGACGUGAGCGCAAACGGGAGGGACCAAGUGUGAGGACUUAAAAGAAGAACACCCAAUUACAACAUGAAGCUCUAUCGGACUUUAUCCCGACUAUGGUUUAAACAGCUUUUACGCACGUCAAUCAAACAAAACACAACCAUAAUGUAGCUGUUUAACUCAGCGGUGCACCUCACCUGAAAUACAUAUAUGCACUGAAAGUGUGAAUGAGAUUCUCUUAAAAGUAUUUUCUACACUACUAAAAAAAGAUGAAGUAUUACUUUUAAUAGUGCAAAGGUGAUUGAUUUUUAAAAUGUAAAUAUGAAAAGAAAAGAUGAAAUACAAUGAAGGAUUUGAUGGUGGCUUAUACAUCACAGUAUUAGGUGCAGUAUUGAACACGCCCACCUCCAAAUACACCCUGCUCAGUUGUUUUGAGAGUUUACUGUAUAAUUUUAAUAUUGCAUUAUUAUUGCAAAUUAAUAUUAAGCUCAAUUGCUUUUGGCUAUUACGUCCACGCACAAGUAUUUCAGCAAGUAUCAAAAAGAUGUUUUUGAGGGUUAAUUUUUCAUCAAUUUAAUGUACAUUAGAUACAAGUGUGACACAUUCUGUCAUAUUUGCAUAUCUUCUGUAUGCCAUUUAAACUAAAUCUUAUCAUUUAUCAUUUUAUGAUACCUAAUGUAACAAAACAAACUUCGAUUUGGAGUGCAUUUAGUUUUCAUGGGAAACCCAUGCAUUUAUUUUUCAUGUGCCUCAAUUUUUUACAGUCUCUUUUCUAUAUAUUUGCUAUGCCAAAUAAAGUUUAUUACUGUA